AGACACUGCAACAGGACAACUUUUCCUUCUGUUUUGCUUCAGUUGUUAUCUUGUGAAAUAAUGUGUCCGAAUGAAAUGUCAGAUAUUAGACGGACCAUGUCGUGAAACUAAGAAAGCACGAAGGCAAACCUAUUCUUGUUUGUUGCAGUUCGGAAUCUCAGCAUGCUUCCAAGAGCUACCCUAGCUAAGGACUCUUCCUUCUUCACUUCCUCCUCAUUGAUUCCUCUAUAAACAUUCCAAGAUCCUCCCUGUACUUUUUUCUCCCAUCAAACCUAACCUAGAUGAAUUCAUCAAUAUCACCAUCAUCAUCUCCAUCAACCUCAAAGCCAGAUGUGACCUUGAGCCUGAAGACCUCACCAUCCCAUGCUCAGGAGUCCUUUCGGCCCGAAGAAAGGGGCGUCCGUCUCAUCCAGCUCCUCUUGUCAUGCGCAAAGCAUGUGUCCUCCGGCAACCUCCACCGUGCUGAUGCCUACCUCCGCCAGAUCUCAGAGCUCGCCUUGGUGUCCGGCGACUCCAUGCAGCGGCUCUCUGCCUGGAUGGCCUCUGGCCUGGCGGUUCGGCUGGUCAAGUGCUGGCCGGGCCUCUACAAGGCCUUGAACUUCACUAAACUGCACAAGCCAGCAGAACUCCCUCUGGCUCAGUCCAUAUACACGCCCCACUUCCCCUACUUGGGCUUUGCUUGUUCCGUCGUAGCCCGAACACUGGUUCGGAGCCUAUGGAGGGAGGAAGUCGUGCACGUCGUGGACUUGGGUUCGGGCAACGUGAGACUGUGGUCCCCACUACUCAAGGGCCUUGCUCAACUAGCUGGUGGGCCUCCACAUCUGAAGGUAACUUGUGUUUGCUCUAGGAAAUCCGUCCUAGAGACAUUAGGCCAUGGAUUGGUCAAAGAGGCUGAGACCUUGGAAGUGCCCUUUCAGUUCAACCCUGUAAAUGCUCACCUAAGAGACCUGACCAUGGAAAUGCUGAACCCGAGAUCUGGCGAAAUCAUGAUAAUUGUAUCGGUGUUGGGUCUCCAUGCAUUACUGGCCCAAGAUGAUAGAGUAGAUGCACAGUUUGUUGCCGGCAAGAGCAGCACUAGUGUCAAGGAAUGCAAGCAAAUGGGCGAAUUCCUAGCAAUGGUUCGGUCGCUCUCCCCAAAAAUCUUUUUCCUAGUAGAGCAGGAAGCCAACCAGAACACAAACCGACUCGUGGAUCGGUUCGUCGAGUGUUUGCACUACUACAGCGCCAUGUUCGAUUCCAUAGAUGCAAGCUACGGAGCUUCGUUAUUAUGCAAUCAGCUGGAGCGUCUGGCGCUGGAGGAGAUGCUGGGAAGGGAGAUUGAGAAUAUAUUAUCGUGUGAGGGGCUCGAGAGGGAGGAAAGACACGAGAGACAUGUGAGUUGGACGGUGAGGUUCAGCAGAGCUGGGUUCAAGCCAGUCCGCCUGUGGCUCGACCCAAGCAAUGACGAAAAGGGCAUGUUCGAGACCCGAGUCCCGGAUGGGUACAAGGUUGUAACCGAGAGGGCUUGCACAAUGAUAUCUUGGCAUGAGCGACCACUCUAUGCAGUUUCUGCGUGGAGUUGUUAAUUGAUGGUUCCUAAUCUGUCAUCACCUCUCGGUUGAAUACAUGUGUAAUUACAAUUAUAUAUGUCGACAAGUUUUUAUGGAUAGAAUAAUCACAACUAGACAAGUUGAAUAUUCAGGCAUUAAUCUAACUAGUUAAAUGAAAACAUCAGCACUCUUCCUUGUAGUGAUCUCAAUCGAUCGAUUGA